AUGGGAUAUAGCAUCGGCGUAAAGCUAACGGCGGGGGGCGGCGUGGGCCUCUGGACUACGCAGGUGGAAGUGUCAUCCGAGUUCACCAAAGGCUGGCAAAUAUCUUCCCAGACGGCAACAACGCGCGAGAUCAUUUACCCUAUGGACCAGGGAGAUACGUGUGCCGCAACCACAGUGCAGAUCCGUGGCGAAUGUGAGGCCGAACUCGCCGAUGCACUGGUUGUCUAUCAAGACCCAAAGGGCGGACCUGGGAUACAGUAUAAGAAUGAGCGCGUCUGGACCUCAGGAUUCCUGCAUAUGUGCGAUUGGCCCGUCACUUACAGAAUAAAGGGUGUCGAUAUGGGAUCGCUAUGCACUUAUUUAAAGAAGCGCAGGAUUCCAUUGGAUAUGAUCAUGGGCACUGAUUCGUCGGGCCACGAGCCCUGGACCAUCGAGGGCUGUAUGUUUAGAUAA